UAUAUUUUCCUUUAUUUUCCACCCAUCCCUUUGUGUGAUACUGCUGUGGGUGGCGAUGCGGGUGUACUGUGGUGAGUGAGUCAUAACACCACCCACCACCGUAGGUAGAUGGGGGAGUGUCGCGCAAGCCACAAAUCGACUGACAGACCGUCGUCCGUCAGUUCAGUACCUAAAUGGACACCGCCCCGCUAGACAACGUAAAAUUGCACGAUCUGCAUUUGCGGGCCACCCAAACGCUGCAGCUGAUUGGCCAGGUUGAAGUGCAUCGCGUCCUGUACGACACCUCCGAUCAACGGUACAACACCAAGAAGGCGAAAAGUGCCGCCUGGAAGCAGAUUGCGGCCACGGUGCUUGGAAUCCGACCGGAUCAGGUCAGUCGCUAUCAUUCGCUGCAAAUUCAGCACAAGUGGAAAAGCCUGCGGACGGCGUACGUGCGUCAGAGACGAAAGAACAAUCCGGCCAUUCCGUACCGGUAUGCCGAUUUGAUGAGUUUUCUCGAUCCAUUUCUGCGCCGGGAUGAGGCUGGAUCCUCUGCUGCAUCUGUUGCGUCCGUCGCCCUGCAAUCUGGGCGGUACUCCGGACCUUUCGAGCUGGAUCUAGACGGUGAUGUUGGAAAGGAUAUCGCCACUUCAGACAUUCAAGACGCCUGCAUCGACCUGUUUGACCCGAUCGAGGAAGACCUGACCUGUGACACCGGAGUGAUGGUGCAGAAAUUCACGGCAACACCGGGACCGCCGUCUGGAUCGGUUCUGUCCCCGCCGACCGUAGGAUCAUCAACCGUCGCCGUUGAGUCGAAUAACUCCCCGGGUGGAGGCACUUCGACGUCCUCUUCCAGUAUCAUUACGCCGCAAAUCAGCCCCAGCCAAAUGGACGAGCUGGAUGGGUUCUUCAUGCAAAUUUCACGCACCGUCCGGAAAUUUUGGCCACGGAAAAUAAUCGAAUUGAAGAUGCAAAUCUUCAAUUUGGUUUCCCAAGCCGAGCUGGACGAAUUGGAUGCACUCAAUAAGUAUUAAUUGUGUGGGCUCACCUCUACUGGAAAAAAUAUUUGUCGUGCCAGAGAUUAACUAUAGUUAUUUAGAUGUUUUAGUUUGGAAACUUUUAUUUAUGAAACCUUACUUUACCUUUAUUUACUAUAUUUAUUUAAAGGGUAUUAUUUUAUACAGAAUCUUCAUAUUUUAUAUUUUAUGUCACUUAGGUCAAGAUUAAACCAAUCUAGAUUUUCUUUUGUUGAGUUCUAUCAACUUUUAUAUGUACAAUGAUUUAUUUACUCUUAUUUUUUAUUAGUGUAUUGGACGACAUUUGAACUCAUCACCACAAGUAUUAUAAUCCAAAUAAUUCCAAAUGAUAUUACCCCAAUAAUGACACGAAGUAGCAGCAAGAAUUACCCUAGUUAAUAGUUUGGUGCCAAAACCCUUAAACACAAUAGACUGGAAUUUUUUAAUAUGUAAGCCAAAACACGUCACACGGACGAUCCAAUUUUUAAAGCAGUGCUAGUCAUUAAAUGCAUACCCAAGUAAGACACCAGCUACAUAUUCCAAAAAAAUAUUGGAAAAACAUUAUAAUACGAACACUUUCUAUAGGAAAAUCAAAUAUCAUAGCUAGUCAACCUUAGUAUACCUACCUGGAAUUAGCAAUAGUGUGUACUUAAUUUGCUGAAUAAAACCAAUUCCGAAUGUUUACCUAACAGAA